AUGUUUAAGCAAGAACGCAGAAAGUUAAAAAUACAUGUUAAUAAAGGAAAGCCUACCCAGGAAGAAAUUUUAGAACCUCGCAGAGGUUUGCCGUCGUCGUCAUUUAAUGCAUGGGAAUGCGUUAAAAUCAAAGCAGUUAAGCUCUUCGCACGCUACGACUUACGAAAAUUUACUAGUCAAAUUCGAUCGGAUUCACAAUUAACAGUAAUUGAAAAGCCUCCAAUAUCAGUUCAAAAUUUAUUUAAUUUUAAGGAUAAUAUACCAAAUUACCUAAAGUCUGAUGUCAUUUAUAACAUUUUAAACGACAGUUUAAAUCAAAUUACAACGGAAGAUGAGAAAGAACAAGAAGAGUUGGAUAGUAUUAGUGAAGGAUUAUUAGAAUUAUCGUACAAGUACGACGAGGCUGUUAUUCGAGCAGAUAUUGUACUAGAAAAUUUACGUAGAUCGUUACAACGUUUUUUGCAAGUUGAUUUACCUAAUACAAACAAUAUUCCAUCUGGAGCGAUUACAGCUAAUGGCAAAUCGAAUGUUCGUUUGCCU